ACAUGGCGGCGCCCUGUAGCAGCAGUUACUGACAGGCGAUGAAGGAGGUCAGAGUACCGCAUUUAUUCUCCAAAACUGAAUGAGAAGCUGAACAGAAGGAAACAUGUUUCCAGAAACGGUUCAACGUUUCAAAACGGCGGCUCCGCUGGUUUCUCAAACCGGCUUCUUGAGGGACGUGAGACGGUUGUGUCCACAUGGAGGAGCCGGCAGCCUGCAGGCCCGGAGACACUUCGGUGUCAGCGGCUGUCUGACUGCCAAGAUCCCCCCUCCGCGGAAACCCAGGGAGAGGGUGGAGAUCCCCGGGCUGGAGAUGGUCACGUACGGGGAGAGGAUGCACUUUGUGCCGGGGCUGACUAAGCCCACUUAUCCGCGGUGGGAGAGAGACUACAAGGACCCCAGAUAUUACACGGCUCCUCCUGCUCGUGAGAUGCCGCUGUACAAAGAGAAGCCGUGUUAUGUGUUCAACCAGAGGACCAACCCGCUGGAAGGUGUGCGUCAGGCUGCCUGGUUGACUAAAGCCAAACUGAUUCCUAGUCUUCCUCCUCAUCUCCUCUCACUGGCAGAGAGUCCUGAAAAUCAGCUACCAAAUCAGGAUGAGCGUGUGCAGAACGCCAUCAAACAUGCCCGUUUCUGGGACUUAACAGAGCACCGACCAUCUAAAGAGAGAUACUGCAACACUUUGCUCCUCAACCUGCUCCAUCUGUGUGCGACUCUACAGUCCAGUCAUCCCGCACUUGGAAGAAGGAUUCUUGUAGAGGACUACUCAUUGGCAGCCACAUGGAAAAGAGGUGAGGACCUGUUCCAGAUUAGAGGUCGGAGCGGUAUAAUGCAUAACAGCAUGGAUCCCCUCCCAGAGGUUUCUGGGAAAAAUGAAGUGUCCGAAACAGCAGAUCAUGUCCUGGAGACCUUCCACCCCGUCUCCCCCACCAUCGACCUGCAGCAAGUACACGUGUACAAAGAGGAUGUGAACUGCACAGGUUUCACAGGUAACUACCCUUACCCUCACGCUCACACCCUUUACUUCCUGGAGUCAGCCGAUCCUCGCUGCAUACUUCGCCCAGACCAGUUCAGAGCCAAGAUGGUCAUGUUCAGCUUUGGAAACGCUCUGGCCCGUGCACACAAACUGUAUGGGACGGAGCCCCAGCAAUUAUUAGAUCGUCCCAUAACUGUGCAGGCAAUCGGGACCAACGGUAGACUUUUCCAGUUUCUGGUUUUCCAGCUCAACACCACAGAUCUCUCAGGAGACGAUGGCAUCAAGAACCAGCUGUGGCUGGAGGACGAUGUUGAAUUGUAUGAUUUUGCAAAAAUCAGACCAUAUAUCAAGAAGAAGCAAGUGAGGGUACCAGCUGGUCUGUCAGGAUACAAGCCUGAAGUAUUCAACAAGUUUCUGUCUCUGUACCUGCAUGGAGCUGCAUAGGACUGCUGCUUAUCUCAUAAAUCUGUCUAUCUGUGUGUGUGUGUGUGUGUGUGUGAGAGAGAGAGAGAGUGAACGAGGAGACUAUGCAGUGAGUCACUGGUUCAGUAUGUAUGUGUUUUAGAUCUAAACCAAUAUCUUUACAGAUAACUCCUCAUUUCCUGUCAAACAGUCAGAGACAACAUGUUGUAUGUUCUGGCCUGUUUGAACUGACUGAAGCUACAGUUUGUCAUAUUUUGGGUCCAUCUCUGUGUUACAGUGCGGUCAAUAAAAGCUGUCGGCUGAACAUGGUGUCCUGCCUGACCCUUUUAAAGUGAA